GAGAAUGUUGGGUUAUCUCAUAGCUUCUGAAAACAUGUUAUAAUCGUGUGUUAGUUUUGCAUAAAAUCGUGUUAACAUCAUUUGAAAUACAGAAGAUUGUCACUACAGAAAUCGUGGUUGAACAUCUUCUUGAGAAUUGAGCCGCGCCACGAUCUGCCACGAUAUUUUCCCGUGGGUUCGCCGGAAAUUACUCCGACUUGAUAAGGCACAAUUUCACGGCGGAAAGAGAGUUCCACCAACUUACGCGAGCCAAUGCCACCUAAAUCUACGUGCGCCCCGCAUUAUUACAGAAGGAUUUUUUUACUGAAAAUCUAAUCGUUGAUUUGCUUCUCUUUCGCUCUGUAAAAUUUCGACUCGAUUCUCUGAGAAGAAAAGUUGAGUGCUAGAUUGCUGAGGUUUGGGAUCAUAUGGCGACAAACCCGAAUCCGAGUAGCAAUGCUGGUCCAUUCUUACUUCCGGAGAUCGGGCCGGAUGGCCUGGCCCGAGAAUCUCCUGUCAUCGCUUACACUGAGAAGAUAAUUGAGGAAGAGCAGCUUCAAUUAAGGAAGUACAUUGAUGAAAAUUAUUCCAAGAUUCGUGAUGUUGAACGGGAAUUAGCAAAUCUCGCAAUGGAAAUGAAGCUUACUUCCGGUCCAAAGAAAGCUGCACUUGAACACAUGCGUAAAAGAAUAGAAAUGUCAACAGAGAGAAUACAUGCUGCUAAGCUGAAAGAAGAACAAGCUAAAAAGGCCUGGGAAGCUGCAGCAAAAGCAGUGCAGGAUGAGGAAGCGAUUAAACAGAAGCUUUGUGAGGAUCUGAAUAAGCUGGUCCAGGAAAGUAGCAAUUUCCAGAUGGCUAGACUGGAGGAAUUGAAACGUCGGCUCGAGGCUCUGAACCCGAGCAGAGCAUCUACCUCUGUUCCCUCUGAUGGGAAUCAAAGACUGGCGCCAGUGAGUAUAACUCAAGAUUCUUCUGCAGUUCCAACUGCAAUGGCACCAGCAAGUGGAGCAGUGGGAACAAUAUCAACUGAAAGUAAUGCAGGGAACUCACCAGUAAAUGCCCAGCACCAACAACCUUCUAUCGUUGGAGAGGGAAGAGGGAAAAGGAAAAGUUCAAUUCAAGGAAGAUUAAAGGGAGUAGGAGCAGUACCUAAGGGUAGAGGUCCUGCAGAACCUGGUUGGACUGGGGCUGGUUUUGAUGUGGACGGCAGAGGUUGAGAGCAGCAUCUUAUGAAAUUGUGGCUCGAGAAAUUUGCUGCUAUUCAACCAGGUGGCUUGCUUAUCCAUUUUUUUCAUGAUGAUAUUGGAAGGAUUUCCAUCACUUGUCAUCAUAACUUAACAUGUUUCCAAAGUUCGUUGUAUCUCAGCAUUGAAAUUUCUCUAAAUUCUAUAUAUGAGGAUCGACUUUAUCAAACA